AUGUGGCUCAAUCAUCUAGCCUAUGGCUGGUAUAUUACGUUUACUCUUUCUGUGCUAUGUCUAUUACGCAAUACACUUGCAUUUUCCACCCCAAGAGCUGAGAACGAUCUACUUAACCGCGUUGAAGAGCAGCAGUUCGAAGAACAGGAAUAUCAUAUUCAAGUUCGUGAUAAUGGCUUCAACCAAUGGAAAAAAGCUCUAAAAAAGGGAAAAGAGCUAGAUUGUGCUAUGAAGGCCACAAAAGACUUAGCUGCUGCCUGCUUUUCGGAAACAACGUCAAUCAAAAGUACCUUUACUAAGUUCAGUGAUUUCGAAAAAUGGGGUUGGCAAGCGGAAGAGCGACCACUUCGCAUUUCCAAUUUAUAUGAAACCAAUCUUGCCAGUAUUAUUCUUGAUGGCCUUGGAGUCAAGGAUGAUGAUUUGAUCUAUAUCGAGAUAGCGCACGAUGAAACUGUGAUAGUGGACGGUGUAACCUACGCUCUCACAGGCGCACAUUAUGACAAUAUGUAUGAUGUUCACGAUGGAUUGAUAAUAGUAAAUGAUAUACAAAGUCCUGGAGCAGUUAACCGGGAAUGUCCUGUUGAUCAUUUGACCAAGCUUCAGCGUUGGUCCGACGUUUCAUUUCUUCAGUGGCAAGAGCUCUGCCGCUCUAGACAGCAUUCGGUGAAGAAGCUGAAUCAUGUUGUUCAGACCUUGGUCACAAAUCCAAUCACAGAAAGCGUUUUAUGUAAGGCGCUUGGGGAAACGGAGAAUACAAAUUGGGAAAAAUACAAGGACGGCUUGAUUCUCGACAGCAAGGGCGAUGCAUUCACUGCUGUGCUCGGAACUCCAAAUGGCUCAGGCACAGCUUGGAUGCUUAUUCAACAUAAAGAUCAGCUUGGACUAAAGAAAGUCUCCCAAAUUACUGUUUAUGGGAUAAAAGUGUUGGAGUUGAAGUGGGUUCCGGCUCUGGUAUUUAAGAUCGGGGACGUUUAG